CUUACCCGGUAUAUUGUGGAGGAGUGUCUAUCAUAUCAUAUUGAAAGAACUUUUCCUGAAGCUGCACUGCUUUCUGAUAAACAGGAAGGACACAGAUUGUUUGCUUCGAAAUGAAUCUAAGACAUAUUGUUGUCAUUGGAAUAUAUGUGUGCCUUUGUUUAAAGAGCACAGAUGGUCGUCGUCAUAAACGGCAGACAGGUCCGUGCGAUCCAAACCCGUGCCAGAAUGGUGGUACAUGCACGGUUGAUGGUACAGAUUACACGUGCAGCUGUACAAGUCAAUUCAGAGGAAGAGAUUGUGACAGUACAGGACAAUGUAGUACAGGAUGGCAUAUUUAUGGUGACAAAUGCUUCCUAUUCAGCUCCAGCAAGAAAACCUGGGAAGCAGCUAAAACUUCAUGUGUGAAUGAUUACAGUGGAUAUCUGGCAGAAAUCUAUAGCGCAAAUGAAAAUAACUUUCUUGAAUAUACUGGGGAAAAGAUUACAACAUUAACAACGGGUGUUUGGUUUGGACUUAAGUGGCACAAUGACGAGGACACUUUCUACUGGGUAACAUCCGGCACUCUAUAUUCCUACCGAAAUUGGUUAGGGGGUUGGGGUACCGGAUUUUCAAAUGUUUACUGCUACAAGUUUGACCAAAGUAACGGGUUAUGGAGUCAACUUGACUGCUCUACGAGUUCUAACUACAUUUGUGAAAAAGAAGCGGCAGACGACCCAUGUUUCCCCAAUCCUUGCCAAAAUGAAGGUACAUGCAUUGUUAAUGGAGCUGAUUAUACGUGUAAUUGCCAAUCUGGUUUCGAAGGAAAAAGUUGUGAGACAUCAGGCUAUUGUCAGCCAGGUUGGUCUCACUAUGGAAGAAAAUGCUACAAAUUCAGUUCAAAUACUAAAACUUGGGACGCAGCUAAGCUUGCAUGUGUAGCAGACGAGAGUGCUUAUCUAGCAGAAAUAAUCAAUGCCGAGGAGAAUUCAUUUCUGCAGACGACCGGUAGCGCAAUUACAACAUUAACGACGGGUGUUUGGUUUGGACUUAAGUGGCACAAUGACGAGGACACUUUCUAUUGGGUAACAUCCGGCACUCUAUACAACUACAGAAAUUGGGUAGGGGGUUCGGGUACCGGAUUUUCAAAUGUUUACUGCUACAAGUUUGACCAAAGUAACGGGUUAUGGAGUCAACUUGACUGCACUACGAGUUCUAACUACAUUUGUGAGAAAGCCGUCACGGAUGAUCCCUGCACAGAAAGCCCUUGUAAGAAUGGAGGCACGUGCACAAGUCAAUCUGGCAGUUAUACAUGUACCUGUACUAGCCAAUUUGCAGGCAGUAAUUGUGAGCAAUCAUGUCCUAGUGGUUGGAGCUUGUCAAAUGGUCGUUGUUAUAUAUUCAAAAAUGGGGAGACAGUGAACUGGUCGACCGCAAAAACCAAAUGCGCUCAAGACGGUGGUACUCUUGCGCAAGCCGACAGCGAAGCUGUUAACAACUAUCUUGACACAUUGAAAGGAAAUGGUGACACAGCUUGGAUCGGAUUGAAUGAUCUUGAAACUGAAAAUACAUUCAAAUGGGACGGAUCGCAACAACCUGUCAGUUAUACAAAUUGGAACACAAAUGAACCAAAUAAUGGCGCAGGAACUGGAGAGGAAGAUUGUGUUGAAAUGUCAGCCACUAAGAAAUGGAAUGACUACUACUGUGCUAGUCUAAAAUUCUAUUUCUGUCAACGUUCUCCUACAAUUGCGCCCUAAUGAGAUCAUAUGGAUGAGAAAAAGGACAGUGAUACACACUAUCAACGCCGGAAUAAACAUGAUUUACGAUAGAUAUGUCAACAUUGUAAAGUUUUAAUUAUAUUAAUCAAGCAUA